GUUGGGGAAAAGCUUUUAGAGCUCUGGUGUAGGCGGUAUUAAAGGGAGGGUCGACAGUCUGGCGAUAGUGGAGCCGCUACAAUUCUAUCAUCUCGUUCAUUUCAUUUCUUAAGAUGCUCAAUCCUCAUGAAGGCCAAGCGCUCUAUGCCCCCCCGGUGCCCGCCCCAGGCCCCAUGGUUCCCCCAGCUAGCAUGUUUGGCAAUGUACCAGGGUACGAGGACACUUUAGCUGGCGGAGGAGGUGGAUAUCUCCCCCCACCGAUGCCCUUACACCCGAAUCGGGAUCCAGAGCCUGCACCCGUACCACAAGACUGGAACAUCCCCUCCAUCACUGAAGAUGUGGCGCGGGAGCGUUUUAUAAUGUACGCGUCUGGUAAAUGCUGCUAUAACAACGCCCCUGCCAAGGAUGGAGUCAUCACUAACAUGCAGGCGUUCAACACCUAUCGGUACCGUUUGGAGACAUUCACAGAGUCUAGAUCUACAGAGUGGGCCACCAAGCCUUAUGAAGGUGAACCGGCAGACUUCUACACGCAGACUGCCCCACGGCCGUGGGAAAUCCCAGUGACAGGUCCCUCCCUGUUUCAAAACCACGAGGAGAACAUAAAAGUCCCUUACACUUCAUCUAACAAGCCCUGCCACACUUGUAGUGCCUCUGGAAAGAUGCCCUGCCAUGAGUGCAAUGGAUCUGGAACGAAAGUUUGUUGGGUCUGCAAUGGAUCUGGCAGAGAGGGAGGAGAUAGUCCCUGCAAUCAAUGCAAUCAAAGAGGAAGGGAGAACUGCUCUAAAUGUCAUGGUAACGGGACUAAAGAAUGUGAGACCUGCAAGGGCAAGCAGCAACUGUUGACCUACAUCAACCUUAAAGUCGAGUGGAAGAAUAAUGUUGAAGACUAUGUUGUGGAGCAGAACAGUGGGCUGGAGGUUGACAAUCUGAGCGAUGUGACUGGAAAGACACUCUUCAAAAACGCCCAGUACAUGCUGUAUCCAGUGUAUGGCUUCCCAGAUCCGUCUUUAUCCCAGGCUUCAGACCGUUUGGUUAGAGAACACCAGGCGAAAUACUCCCAGAACUCCCGCAUCCUUCAACAGCAACAAACCAUCGAGUUGAUUCCCAUCACCAAGGUGACCUACAAGUGGAAGGGAGGCAUCCAUGUUUACUAUAUCUAUGGGAACGAACACCAGGUCAAAGUUCCCGACUACCCUGCCACCUGCUGCUGCUCCAUCAUGUAACCAGUCAUGCCAGUCAGCCAGCCAGCCAGCCACUUAACCAUACCUCUUUUGGUGAAUGCGUCACCAGGCCAGCCCAAUACAGCUGGCCUUGACUCGGCUUAGUUCAGCUCCGUAUGAAAAAAGGUUUUGUUUAUCAGUUAGCUAGUUAGUUAGCUAGUUAGUUAGCUAGUUAGUGAGGUAGGUAUUGUAGGUAGUUCUUUAGGGCCUUUUAUCCUCCCCAGGAGUUUAGGGCUAAGUGUAUUCUGAUCAGUAUACUACAUGUUGUUUUUUAUUUUUAUAAUCAUUAUUGCAGCCCUGGAAUUUCAGGAAUUUGUUUUUUGUUUCAACUUUCAAAGUAAAUUACUUUAUGCAAAGAUAUAGAAAAACUAAAGGCUAUUGAAGCAAAUUGCUGCACGUCUGAUGAAUUAUUGUUACAUAUACUUUAGUACAGUCAAUAAAGUGAAAAGGUGUUAUUAUUAUUCUAUAAUGAAAUAAAUAAAUAAAUAAAAUCAUUCAAACUUCAAAGAGAAAAGUUAAUCAUUUAUGUAAUUCUCCCUGUUGUUAGUGUUUUUGAGGUCAGUGUGUUAUGAGUGACAAUGUUAUGCUUUCUGAGUGAAAAUUGUUGCCAGAGUUAUGGUCCAACAAGCUUAUUUUGAGACAUGUAUGAAGUGUUUUGUUGGUUUGAGGGAGUUUUGGAGGUGAGAUGAACUGUUUGGCCAAGACGCAUGUUGGUAUUGCAGACUGUGUGAAGAGUUUUGAAAAAGUGGCAUCAGUAUUGACCGAAGCUUGUUAGCGAUUGAACAAAAAAACUGUAUUGCUGCUUAAUGUAUGUGCUGUAUUUUUGCUGAAUUAAUUGAUUGCUGAUUUCAGAAGCUGAACGUAACCUCCAGUAUACCAUUCCACUACUCUAAUGAUGAGUAUGUAAUCGCUCUCUCCUUAUUCGUUGGCCAAACUACAUCCUGUGGUUUCAUUCACAUUUUCAAAAGAUAAAAUGUAAAUUCUGCUGUGUGUUGUUGUGCCAAAGCUUUAGUCAAUCUGGCCAUGCAGUUAAUUGCAUGAUCGCUAGGAUAAGAGUGUUGAGAAAGCUUGUCAUAAUCAUGUUCUGAUGACUAAUAUUAUAUUAAGUAUUCUAUUCCAUUCUAGAAUGUUAUUUACUAUUCAAUCAAUAUAUUAUUAUUGAUAUUUUAAUUAGUUAUAUCAGUUGUUUUCAUGAAACGGCCUUAAGGGCUCGAUUUCAUUCCGUAGCGCAGAAGAUCUGCGUUGUAGUGCUGGUUUAAAUGUCGAGGGGAUUUCCGAUUGAGCCGACAUAUUCAGCGUGUCCAGUCAAUGCUGUCUAAAGGUCUAUGUAACAAAUGUUGCACAGCAAACAUUGCCUUUAAAUGUCAACCGCACUUUCCUACAGAUUGAGUAGUCUUGACCCUACUGUACAAACGAGCCUCCAUGAUAAAGAUGUUUACCGGCCAAAGGGCUAACCUUGAGAUUAUACAUGCUGUCCUCUGAUUAUACAUGCUGUCCUCUGAUUAUACAUGCUGUCCUCUGAUUAAACAUGCUGUCCUCUGAUUGUACAUGCUGUCCUCUGAUUAUACAUGCUGUCCUCUGACUGUACAUGCUGUCCUCUGAUUGUACAUGCUGUACUCUGAUUAUACAUGCUGUCCUCUGACUGUACAUGUUGUCCUCUGAUUGUACAUGCUGUCCUCGGAUUGUACAUGCUGUCCUCGGAUUGUACAUGCUGUCCUCGGAUUGUACAUGCUGUCCUCGGAUUGUACACGCUGUCCUUGGAUCGUACACGCUCUCCUCUGAUUGUACACGCUCUCCUCGGAUUAUACAUGCUGUCCAUUCAUUUUAAGAUAAUAAAGAAUAUUAUCCUUAUAGGAAA